AUGACGGUGACGCCCCUCGACUUCGCUGCGAUCACAGGGCUCAGGGUUGGCGGAGACCCGAUCCCUUACGACUCGAGCCUGGUGCUGGACGAUGCGGCUCUAAGGUGGUUCCUUGGGCGCGUGCCACGCCACAGCGGAGGGAUGGCAGCUUACGGGCAGUUCGUGGAGUACUGGGACCACGAGCCCGCGACUGACGAGGAGGCGGCCCAGAUGGCCCGGGCGUACCUGCUAUACUUGUUUGGGGCUUCUCUGUUCCCGAACAGGCGUAGUCGGGUGCACCUGUGCUACCUAGCGGGUUUGGUGGACCUGGGACAGGCGAGGCGCUUCGACUGGGGAGGUGCUGCUAUGUGCACACUCUACUGUCUCCUUGGAGCUGCUUCUCGCGGGGUCGGAGACACAGUUGGAGGGUAUUGGCGAGUGUUUGAGCUUUGGGCUUACGAGGUUCUUGGGAUGUUCCCGCCCGAGAAUACUUGUACAGACCCGAACCUUCUUCCACGCAGCUUAGCCUGGGGUAAGGCGUAUCGGAGGGCGAAGGAGCGACGAGGGGAGGUGAUGACUUUUCGGCGCUGGCUGGAUAACCUGACAGGGGUUGUGGUUCACUGGGACCGGUGGGCAAGGAUGGAGGCUGGCUUCCUUCCGAGGAGUCGGGAGGUGACGCAGAACAGGGUCCUGCUGGAGUGCCCUCUGGCGUUCGUGGUUCCUGGGUUGCUUCCUCCGCGCGUGCAGAGGACUGAGUUCUACACUCGUGCUAAGCUUGAGCUGUUCACCGUGCCGGACACGGAUCUGGAGAGGCACUUGCGACGCUCCUUGGACUAUGCUGCUUAUACGGAUCGGUGUUGGAGGUAG